AAAUCCCUUCUAAUUUUGCUUGAAUACGCGCGUGAGAUUUGGGACGGGGUGCGAUUUGCGGGAUCAAUCUACAGGAAUCCAAUUGUGAAAAAACACACAAUUUUUACAUAUCUGCAGAGAAUAGUGAAUCUGAGCAGGAUAUAUAUUAUAUAUAUCAUAAAUUACAUAGUGAAUCUUAAUAGGAUAUAUAUCAUAAAUUACAAUGCGAUUGAUUUACAGGCGAAUUGCUUUCAGAAAAUGGAAAUUGUUGAUAAUUGAAUAAGAUUGCUGUCGGUUAAGGGAAAAUCGAAAUUGGUAAAGGAGCUGGAAGAGUAAAAAGGAAAGUUGGAAAAUGAAGGGCGGGUACGGGGGUUCAUCGUACUCCCUUGCAACGAAGAGACGCUGGAAAGGUCUUGUUACGGCUGUUCUGGGUCUCGUUUUUCUUUCCAUGCUGGUUUCGCUAGUUUUCUUGCUCGGGCUUCAUAAUGGUUUUCUCUCUUCGGCUGGAUAUGCUACUGAGCAACCUAGUUCAGCCACAAAACAUUUAAGAGUUUAUGAUCAACACAGCAGUGCUGACACCAGAAAUGAAUCGAAGAGACAGCAAUCAGCACACGUGGAUGACCUUAUAAAAAGAUUGGUUCCACCUCUGCCGAAGAAUUUGGGGAAAAAUUCCGUCACAGAAGCUGAAAAUGAAACUGAUGGCCUCCCAAUACCUGCUGAUUCGCCAAAACUACGGCAGAGAAGAAAUAAUAGUGGAGUUGCUGUUACAGAUGAUGCUGGUAAGGAUUUUAGAGGUGCUGAUGAAAGUGAAAAGCUGUGUGAAUUAAAAUAUGGAAGUUACUGUUUAUGGCGUCGAGAUCAUAAGGAAAAAAUGAAAGAUGCUGUAGUGAAGAGGAUGAAGGACUUACUUUAUGUUGCUCGUGCUUAUUAUCCAAGCAUUGCAAAACUUCCUGCAUUUGACAAGUUGUCGCAUGAAUUGAAGCAAAAUAUUCAGGAUUUUGAGCGUGUCCUUAGUGAAGCUACAACAGAUAAAGAUCUUCCUCCUCAGAUUGAGAAGAAGCUAACUAAGAUGGAGGCAGCAAUAGCCAGAGCAAAGUCAUGCCCUGUGGACUGUAAUAAUGUUGAUAAGAAAUUAAGACAACUAGUUGAUCUGACGGAGGAUGAAGCUAAUUUCCACAGGAAGCAAAGUGCCUUCCUCUACCAACUUGCGGUUCAAACCAUGCCAAAGAGUCUCCAUUGUCUAUCCAUGCGGUUAACCGUUGAGUAUUUCAGAUCUUCACUUGAUUUGGAGCAGUCAUUGUCUGAGAAAGUUUUAAAUCCAGAGUUGCACCACUAUGUUAUAUUCUCCAGGAAUCUACUUGCAUCAUCUGUUGUAAUCAACUCAACCGUACAGCAUACAGAAGAAAGUGGGAAACAGGUUUUUCAUGUCCUGACAGACAGGGAAAAUUACUUUGCUAUGAAAUUUUGGUUUUGCAUAAACAAAUAUCGGGAAGCCACAGUUCAGGUUUUGAAUAUUGAAGAUCUUAAGUUGAAUAAUCACUAUAAGUUGGCUCCAUUGCAUCUAUCAUUGCCUGAAGAAUUUCGUGUUUCUUUUCUUAGAGUUGAUAAACUCUCUAGUUAUCAGAUUAAAACGGAGUACUUAUCAAUAUUUUCACAUUCCCAUUAUCUCCUUCCUAAGAUAUUUCCAACUUUGAAGAAAGUUGUGGUUCUGGACGAUGAUGUACUCGCUCAAAGGGACAUAUCAGACCUUUGGAGUCUUGACAUGGGUGGCAAAGUGAAUGGUGCUGUGCAGUUCUGCACCGUGAAGUUGGGGCAGCUGAAAAAAUAUUUGCCUAGGAACAGUUUCUCUGAAAAUUCUUGUGCUUGGAUGUCCGGAGUGAAUAUUAUUGAUUUAACCAGAUGGAGGGAACAUAAUCUUACAGAAACAUUCCAGAGGUUGGUGCAAGAGAUGAGCACAGAAGAAGGAUUAUCUGAAACUACUGCACUAAGUGCAAGUAUGCUCACCUUUCGGGGUCUAGUUUAUGCUCUUGAUGACAGUUGGAUGUUAUCGAGCCUGGGCCUUAAUUAUGGUCACAACGAAGAUGCCCUAAGGACAGCAGCGGUAUUGCAUUUUAACGGGAAUAUGAAACCAUGGCUCGAGCUUGGCAUUCCUAAAUACAAAAGUUCUUGGAGGAAGUUUCUGAACCUGCAAAAUCAGUUCUUGAGUGAUUGUAAUGUAAAUCCGUAGACCAUGCUUCAUAGAUGCAACAUAUGGGAUAGACAAAGCGGGAAAAUGUUCUUUUAUGUGCGCCGCUCAUAAAGAAUCUUUGUUCAAGCGGAGGUAAUCAUUGCAAGUACUAGCCACGAUGAAUUUGACAUAUAUUUUGAAUUUGUGGGCUAUAAAAGAAGAAAAAUUAUUUUUUCUUACUUUCGGCAAGGCCUGAGGGUAGGAGGAUUCUUGCAGUCAUCAAAUUUGCUAGGAUCGGAAAACGUUUUAUGAAGUUAGACGUACCUUUCUGGUGCAUUUCGGAAACGCAUCAAGUAAGGGUAGAGUUCACUUAUACUAAAUGGAGAGAAGUCAUGACAGUAGACGUUUGUAGACAAUUUUUUUCUUGUUUAUUUCUUCAAGGCUUAGUCGUCAUUUGUGAAACAAGAACUUGAGGAGAAAAUUUAAUUGUUCAGAUCCCAUAGAGCUUUCUUACUUUUUGUGGUAUUGUUCUGUAGCAUUCGACACUUCUGUGCUAUUAUUAUUUUUUACUUCUUCCA